AUGGAGCCGGCCCGUGUGACGGAGCUUCCGGCCGAAUUAAAGUACAUCCAAUACCAACAUUCCCUCGAAACUCAGUACUUGCCGGCGAUACGCGCUCUCAUAUCCAAGGAUCUGAGCGAGCCAUACAGCAUCUAUGUUUAUCGCUACUUCCUCUACCAAUGGGGCCAUUUGUGCUUCAUGGCCCUGGACCCAAUCGAUUCCUCCCUCGUCGGGGUAAUAAUAUGCAAGCUCGAGAUGCACAAGUCGCACUCGCCUUCGACGUUGCGGGGGUAUAUCGCCAUGUUGGCCGUGUCGGCGCCGUACCGCGGUCACGGCGUGGCCACGGCGCUUGUUAGGAGAGCCAUCGACGCUAUGACCCAGCGCAACGCCGACGAGAUUGUGCUCGAGACGGAGGAGACGAACGUACCCGCCAUGAGGCUGUAUGAGCGGCUCGGUUUCAUCCGCUCCAAGAAGCUGCACCGGUACUACCUCAACGGGAACAGCGCCUACCGCUUAGUUCUGCCCCUCAAGCCGACUGAUGAGGACGCUGCUACGGAUCUUGCCUUGGACGAUACCGAUCUCGCUACGAGGUAA